CCCACCUCUCUUUCUCUCUCUUCACAAAUCCAGAUUCACUCUUUCUCUCUCUAAAAACUGAACUCUCUUCUGUUCUCUUUCCCUUUUUGGCCAUCCUUUCGUUCUUUCCUUAUUUGGCCUUCAACACUAUACUCGAAUCUGCAACAUUCUUUUACAGAGAGCGCGGGUGUGUGUGAGAGAGAGAGUUUGUGCAUUUACCGUUGAUUGAUUAAGAUGCAGCAAUCGAACGGUUCUGAUUCAUCGCAACAGCAACAGUCGGAGCAGAACGCACAGCGACAACCGCCGCCGCCGCAGGCUCAGGCGGUGGCGAGGCCGCAGCAGUGGGUGCCGAUGCAGUAUCCGGCGGCGAUGGUAAUGCAGCACCACAUGUUGCCGCCUCAACAUUACGCGCCACCUCCCUACGUGCCUUUCCACCACCAGUACUCGCAGAUGCCGCACGUGCCUCAUCAACACCAAAACCAACAGCACCAGAACGGAUCCAGCGGCGAGAACAAAACCAUCUGGAUCGGCGAUUUGCAUCAUUGGAUGGACGAAAAUUAUCUCCAUCGCUGUUUCGCUUCCACCGGCGAGAUUUCCUCCAUCAAAGUUAUUCGCAAUAAGCAGACUGGUCUAUCUGAGGGUUAUGGAUUUGUGGAGUUCUAUUCACAUGCCACGGCUGAGAAAGUCUUGCAGAAUUAUGCUGGAAUUUUGAUGCCCAAUACAGAGCAACCAUUCCGUCUGAACUGGGCAACUUUUAGCACGGGAGACAAGGGUUCAGAUAAUGUUCCUGACCUUUCUAUUUUUGUAGGAGAUUUAGCUGCAGAUGUUACGGAUAGUUUGUUGCAUGAAACUUUUGCUAGUGUAUAUCCUUCUGUAAAAGCUGCAAAAGUGGUUUUUGAUGCCAAUACUGGCCGUUCAAAAGGCUAUGGUUUCGUCAGGUUUGGAGAUGAUAAUGAGAGAUCCCAGGCGAUGACUCAAAUGAAUGGAGUUUAUUGUUCUAGCAGGCCUAUGCGAAUUGGUGCUGCAACUCCAAGGAAGUCAUCUGGUCAUCAACAAGGAGGCCAGUUAAAUGGCACAUCCAGCCAAUCUGAAGCAGAUUCAACAAACACCACUAUAUUUGUUGGAGGACUUGACCCUAAUGUUACUGAUGAAGAUCUUAGGCAGCCAUUCUCUCAGUAUGGUGAAAUAGUUUCUGUUAAGAUACCUGUUGGAAAAGGGUGUGGUUUUGUCCAAUUCGCAAACAGAAAUAAUGCCGAAGAGGCAUUGCAGAAGCUAAAUGGGACAAUGAUUGGCAAGCAAACAGUUCGUCUUUCUUGGGGCCGCAAUCCAGCUAAUAAGCAGUUUAGAAUGGAUUUUAGCAACCCCUGGAGCGGAGCUUAUUAUGGGGCCCCCAUAUAUGAUGGAUAUGGAUAUGCGUUGCCGCCUCCUCAUGAUCCCAGCUUGUAUGCUGCUGCUUAUGGGGCUUACCCCUUUUAUGGAGGCCACCAACAGCAAGUAAGCUGAAUGAAGUGCACUGCAAGAGUAGCUCUCACAACAAGUUACAACAGUGUCACGCUUGAAUAUGCAAAUUAACUUUUCCCCCUUAUAUGUAACUUGUUUGAUCUGUUGAAUUCUUAAGAAUCCCUCCUAAUUGUGGAGUGGAGUUGAAUUUUGACAACCUGAGGUAGCACUAUAGGGAUUCAAUUAAUCAUUUGUUUAGGCCUGUAGGAGCAAUGGCUAACGACGAACUUAAACUUAUGAGAAUAAUUAUGACAGCGUGGGUGCUUGCUUGCAUUUUAUUUUUUUCCAGCCGUUAACCUUGAAGCUUUACCGUUAUCGGG